AUGGAACCCGAGCCUUCUCUCGCCCUUGAGCGCUCCGUCUCCCAGCAGAGCGGAACGUCCAUGAAGAGCGCCCGCUCUUCCACCGUCCGCGGAAAACGUUCAAAGCUGAACUCCCAGCCCUCGAGCUCCGCCAGCAGCAUCGCCGCCUCCGAAACAAAGUCCCUGACGAGCUUCCCCUCCUUUUCGCCCGGCUCGCCCAACCCCAAACACUCUUUUCCUCCCGAUCCAACGACGCCCCCUGAGCCAGAACCCGAGCCGCCUGCCACCGUCCGCAAGAUCUCCGACACCAGGUCCACCGCCUUCAACCUGCUGGGUAACCUUACCGGCAGCACCUCCGCCGCCGAGCAGGCUGCCCGCGAUGCCCUGUUCGAGGACUCUCCCAUCUCCACGACCAAGAUCCCCGGUGCCCUGCACCACGCCGACGACGAACACAUCGGCCGCCUGAUUGCGAGGCACGGCGCUGUGCCUCUCGUCAGGCAGGUCGCCUCCGACCUGGCCGAACGCGAUACCCAGAUCGCCCUGUUAAGGAGGAAAGCCGACGAGAGGGAGAGGGCCCUGCGCAAGAUCAUUCUUGAAUGCGGCCUCACCAAUAUGGACCUUGAGAAGAAGUUGCGGGUCGUCGAGAGCGAGAUCAAGGCUUCUCGCCCCGGCAACCACCGCAACGAGAGCGGUCUGUCGGACCUCAUGAGCGAUGCCAUGCAGGAUACUGUUAUUUACAAUGUCUUUGGUCAGACUGAUGCCAACGAUGCGACCAUCCGCGCAAGCAGCCUCACCAUGCCUUCCAACCCUGACGGCAGGGGGACGAGCAGAGGCUGGAAGGACUACCUCUGGGGCGGCACGAGUCGGAAGAACAGCGCCCCCACCAGCGUCAACGGCGACGACACGAGGCCGGCUGCGGUGGUCAGAGGACAAUCGUACGCGGACAGGAGACCGGGUCUGCAGGACGACCUCUUCAGCCCGCCCCCAGAAAGUGUUGCGCCGGAGAGCGUGCCGCCGAGAACUCCCAGCCGGGCUUCUAGUAUCCAGUCAGGCCCGCCCGGCUCACGCAAACCCUCCUCUUCGGUCGCCGCCAGUCUCAUGAGGCUGGUCGCUGGAGGUGCUCUCAACACGCGCGAGGGAGGCGCGAAUAGGGGAAGGUCGAACAGUGCCACCCAGCCGCAGUCCACAAUACGAGCGUCGUCCACCUCCAGCGCCAAGACCUCUCAGUCAAGCCGAGCAGUUUCGACACAGGGAGGACCGAAGGCGCUCAUGGCGAUGCGCAGGACUGGACCUACAAAUAACGUACCUCCCAACGUGGCCACCGUCCGAACGCAACCCCAAGAAAGAUGGGACACCAUGACUGGCAGCCCUACGAGCGCUGUGGCCAACCGCCAGGAAAGUUAUGGUCCGGUCGAGAUGGAUGCGAUUCUCCCGCCUGAGACGCAGCCCCCGACUUUGACACAUAUUUACAACAAUUAUGUCGGUAGCGAGUAUCUGACCGACCGGUUCGGAUUUAUCUACGACCAGCGAAGGAAGAAGAGGCAGCGUGAAGCGACGCAAAUGGCCCGCCGCUUUAAGCAAGGAGGCCGGUCUGAGAUGCUGUCUAACGGACGCUCCGACUUGUCCCCGCCGAUGAUUGAAGAGGAGGGGGCCCCGAGCCCUGGAGGAAGUGAGGAACGACCCGGCAGCCCUUCUUCUGCGGAGGAGCGUUCAAGCGAAGGCAAGGCCAAGAAGUGGCAAGAUUACCUGAAGCUGGCAACAUUCCCGACUGAGCUUUUGUCUCACACCCCCGCACUGAGCGCUCCAUCUCUAGAGGUGCUCGAGGGGGGCGAGUUGGGAAUGAAGUCGCCGGGUCUCAUUACAGCCGACGAGCGGGGCUUCAUACCCGUUGCGAGCGCGACAACGUCCGUUGUGGAUGACGCGGCCCCGCCCGUCGAGGCGGAUUCGGCUUCGGGGACUGUUGUUAGAGACGAUUCUGAGCCGGUGAAGCUGCUUCUGCAGCACAUGGGCGAGCUCCACGACUCCCUUCAGCGAGAGAAGGCAGCACGCUGGAACGAGUUUCUGCGCAAAGUCAGAGCCGAGAGGCGUCGGGACGGCGAGGCGGCUGCUGCAGCCGCUGCAGCCGCAGCCGAGGCUCGAUACCAGAAACCCGCCGUGAACCUACCCGAGGCAGCGAUGGCCGACGGCGAACUGAUCGGUAUUACCGGUCUUGGCAUCAAGGGCAAAGUCGGCCGCGCCAAACGGACGGAACUAAAGAAUCUGGUCCUCGGCGGUAUCCCAGUCAACCUCCGUGCAAAGGUGUGGUCUGAAUGCUCUGGCGCCACUGCCCUUCGCAUCCCGGGAUACUAUCAGGACAUCAUCGCCCAGUCCGACGAAGAUGACGACCCUCAGGUGGAGUCUCAGAUUGAGAUGGACAUCAACCGUACUUUGACCGACAACAUCUUCUUCCGCAAGGGGCCUGGCGUGCCCAAGCUCAAGGAGGUUCUUCUGGCUUACGCCCGCCGGAACCCCAAAGUCGGCUACUGCCAGGGCAUGAAUCUCAUUGCGGCGAACCUGCUGCUGAUUAUGCCAUCAGCAGAGGACGCCUUUUGGAUUUUGGCCAGCAUCAUCGAGCACAUCCUGCCUGCCGGAUACUACGACGACCUCCUCACCUCCCGCGCUGACCAGCGUGUCCUGCGGGAGUACGUAGCUGAUGUCUUGCCGAAGCUGUCACAGCACUUCGACGAGCUUGUCGUCGAGCUCGAAGCACUCACGUUUCAAUGGUUUCUGAGCGUGUUCACCGACUGCCUUUGCGCCGAGGCCCUGUUCCGUGUGUGGGACGUGGUGCUCUGUAUGAACGACGGAAGCACCUUCUUGUUCCAAGUGGCCCUGGCGCUGCUCAAGCUCAACGAGUCGCAGCUUUUGCAGUGUGAUACCCCGGCGGCGGUCUACACGUACAUCAACCACCAGAUGACGAACCACGCCAUCAGCAUCGAUAACAUGAUCAAGGCAUCAGACGCACUCAGGAGGCUGGUGAAGAGAGAGGACGUGGAAUCCCGCCGGGAGAAGGCUAUCGAAGCAGAGAAGCAGCUGAUUAGGGAGCGGGAAGACUUCAACGCGGCCAAGAGGACGAAGAAGGCCAGCGGCAGUGGCAGCGCCAGCGUCAGCGGGGGUGCAGCGACGCCCGCCGUACAGGGUGAAGCGGCUGAGCCGGAGGUGGAAGUCGAGGCGGCGCCGGAGGAGCAGUCGUGA